CUACAAGCUCGCCAACGCAGGACUUCACAAGAUCCUUCCAAAACUUCCUGGCGAUGUUCUUAUAGGUGAAGGCUCUUGUUUAAUCUCAGGAUUGAGAGGGCAAACAGCCAUGUCUGAGGAAAAAAAGCUCGCGCUCUUCAGCGAGACUGAGUACGACGAAAGAGCUCCCAAUGGUUACCCCGUGAGCUGUCCAACCCUGGACUUGUCGGCGACAUGGGACAGCACUGGGAGAAAUCUCUUCAUCUAUCGGCCUCCUAAGCAAGCUGUUUCCAAGAUUCACCAGGUCGGCGCGCCUGGUCAGAAGGCUCCCGAAGCACAGGCAGUGACGUGGAAGCCUGACGGCCAGUUCCUUGCUGUGGGAUGGAGCGAUGGCUUCGUGCGGCUGAUGGGCCUGGAGAAUAACAAGGCAGCUCACCACAUCCAAGUGUGCGAGUCGCCAGGGACCAGGAUCACACAUAUUGGCUGGGCAAGCAGCAACAUUGCCGCCAAGAGCACCAGUGCGGUCGCUCAGGCCAUUAGGAACGGCCUCUCCAAGGAAGGGAGCCUUAGCGGAGAUGAUGCCCCCAUGGACCUCCCACGAGAGCUCACCUUCCUGGAGGUUGAUACCGCGCUGCCCAAGAUCAGCCCCCUCCCGAGCGCCAGCGCCGGUGCAGGGGAAGAUGCUAUGGUGUUUACCCUACGUACGGGAAUCGAUUUUCUCUUCCAGCCUCUAAAGCCUGAGGACUACGACCAAGUUAACGUCAUGGUUAUCGGGACCAGCGAUAGCAAACUGCAGCUCAGCAUCUACGACUCUUUCAUCAUCGGUAGCUUCCCGUGUCCGACCUUGGGAGCUUCAGCGGCGCCUCAGCUGGUUCAUCAUGCCUCGCACCCUCAGGUGUCAACGCACGCGUUGUUGCUCGCAGACAAGGCUGAGGGGCCAGAGGAAGUGCACCUCGUCCCCAUGGAUCUUCCGUUCAUCUCUUCUUCGCCUAUUAACUUGUCUCUUCUAGCAUCCAAGUUGACAACGUUGCAGAAGUUGCUGAGAUAUCUCAAGCAAACACAACUUCACAUGGAAGUAGAGUGGAAGAACACUCGCGAACUCCCUAGCCGAUUUCUACGAAGCGUCGAAGGCGAUCUUGAAAAUAUGGAGAGAGGUCCUCGCGGAAUAGUCCCGGCCCUGUACCACACGGUUGUUACUGGGCAUGCCUACGGACCAGUCCGCGAAUGGCUCGUUGACAGUCUCGCCGAGCGGGGACACAAACGUUGGGACAAGGCAGUGGUCUCCGGACUCGAAAACCUCCGAAGCUUGGUCCAUGAGAACUUUUUACCAGCCCUCGACCGAUGCUCCAUUAUACUGAGCAGACUGCGUGGUCUCGCUCAAUUUUACGAUACCCGUGACGAUAUUGGCUUCUCUGCGACGCAGAUCAACCGAGUCAUGGAUAUUAUCAGCUGCCUCAACCUCGUUGGCCACAAAAUUCUGAUUUCCGUCAUGGACGAGCUUGAGCACUUUACAUCAUUUUCGACGUGGUUGCGCUUCCAGAUCGACCGCCUCGCGUCCUCUAGCUCGGCGAUCGAGGAGCUCACCGAGAAGGAGGCAACGAUGGAUCAUGGCAAGGUUCUCACAUACAUCGAACGAUAUUUGACAGAGAGCCCCCUCAAGAUCUUCUUCGAUGAGAUCGAAAAGGACGACUACAGUGCAGAUUGGGCUCACAUCGAGGAUGGCCCUAGCCUGCUGGACGUGCUCGACAAGCAGCUGACCAACCAGGAGAAUGGUCAACCAAGCAUGAAGGCCCUACCGCAUGUCGACUUCUUGGUUAAAUACGUGACGACGUGGUCCAACCGCAUCUUCAAAGACAUUGCAGAAGCCAAGAAAAGGAACGUCCGGUUUGGGAAGCCCAUCAAGCUCUCAGUUGGCAAUCCCAUUACCAAAAUGGACACGAGAAUGUGCAGGACGACGAGCAAUGAUAUGAAAAUGGUGACAGCAUUGACGUCCAAAGAGACCAGCCAUCAAGUCCGUAUCUUCUCCGCCGGCAUCGAUAUCGUUAACGGCAUCAGUAACAAUUUGCCACCGACCUCUUGCUGCAUUGACCUUGGCUCCCGGACCCUCGUCGACCUGAAAUUUCUCAACGACGAAACUCUCAUCGUUCUCGUCACCGACAAGGAUAACGUGUUCAAAGCGCUUAGCGUGCCAAUCCUACCCGAUAAACUUGCCUACGGUCCUUACGAUCCUAGCAAUGCUACUGAGGCUACUCCCGUCUCAGCGGAUGAUUUCAUGGCCUACUCUUUUCCUGAGGGUCCAGUGCUGCGACCAGUACGGAUGGAGGUUCAUGACAAGAGCGAUAUCAGGGGUGAGGUACCUGCGAGGGUCUGCUUGCUGGAAAGCAACGGUUCCACUCUGCGAACCUUUGCCUUGCCCGGCCCUGCGGCUUGAAUAUGAUAAAUCAUGUGCCACGAGAUACUUAGACGGUGAACCCGAAAUUCAAUGAUUAGUUCCAGAUUGUGGCUUUUCGACGGAAGACAAGUGGCAAUGCAGCAGAAAGCAGGUCUUAAUGGUACGCUUAUAAGUAUUUAUACAUGAUAAAGUAAAGAAGACAGACACAGAGCA